CGUUCAUUUCUACAGAGAAACCUGAACGCAGCACACAGAGCAAUGAAUUGAGGGUUGAGAAGGACGGUGAAAACAAAAAUGGACAUCGAUUGAAAAUAGCCUAACUGUCUUAUGUUAGAGCUCUGACCAGCACUUAAAAAAGGACCUGAAGGGAGUAAGUGAAAGAGGCCGAAGUUCAGAACAAUGGAGGCUCGCUUUGGUAAUAUUGUGUUCAGCUCCAAGUUUGACUCAGGAAACCUUGCACGUGUGGAAAAGGUGGAGAAGCGCAGCUCCAGCCCUUCCUCUGAUACAGGUUCCAGUGGGAGUGCUCCCUCAGGGUCAACCCUUACCCCUGACUAUGAGUUCAAUGUGUGGACACAGCCAGACUGUACUGGCACAGAACAUGAGAAUGGAAAUAGGUCAUGGUUUUACUUCAGUGUGCGGGGUGCAGCACCUGGGAAGAUACUGAAGAUCAAUGUGAUGAACAUGAAUAACCAGAGGAAGCUCUACAGCCAGGGCAUGGCUCCUCUUGUACGCACUUUACCUGGCAAGAACCGGUGGGAAAGGAUCCGAGACAGACCCACAUCUGAGAUUGUAGAUAACCAGUUCAUCCUCUCAUUCACUCACCGGCUGUUGGAGAUGCGAGGGGCAACCACCUUCUUCUCCUUCUGCUACCCAUUCUCAUACAUAGAGUGCCAGGAGAUGCUGCAGCAGUUGGAUGAGAGCUACCCCAACGCUGCUCAGCUCAGUCCAAGCAGUGCACCAGCUAGCGUGUAUUAUCAUAGAGAGUUGCUGUGCCACUCUCUGGAUGGCAAUAGGGUGGACCUGCUCACUGUGACCAGCUGCAGUGGGAUGCAGGAGGAGAGAGAACCUCGUCUGCCUAAGCUGUUUCCUGACUCCAACACUCCAAGACCACAUCGCUUCUCCAGCAAAAGGGUGUUUUUUCUCAGUAGUCGGGUUCACCCAGGGGAGACACCGUCAUCCUUUGUGUUUAACGGUUUCCUAAACUUUAUCCUAAGAAGAGAUGACCCACGUGCUCAUGCGCUUCGAAACAUGUUUGUGUUUAAGCUCAUUCCCAUGCUCAACCCAGACGGGGUUGUCCGUGGACACUACAGGACUGAUUCCAGGGGAGUGAACUUGAACAGACAAUACCUGAACCCCAGCCCUGAGCUGCACCCAUCCAUUUAUGCAGCCAAAACACUGUUGCUCUACCACCACACACAAAACCGCUUGCACAAUACACAGUCCAGCACUCAUUGUAACAGUCCUACACAUGCACAGAGCCUACCCCUCAACAUCAAACCUGCCAAUCAGCAUCAAGCCCCCCCCUUUACUGCCGUUGAAGUCAGCUUGAACCAACGAAUUGCAGAGACGGAUGCAAAUCCUGCACAGCCCGAAGUUCCCAUGGCGAUGGAGGAAAAUGACUGGGUUACCACGGAAAUGGGGAAAGGAGACCAGAACAGCUCAUCGAGCUCCUCAGAGAUUGUAGCCCCUGUUACUGUAGAGGUGGAUGAACAGGAAUCAAUUCCACCCCAGGAGGGAGGUGUGGCAUACUAUGUGGACUUACACGGCCACGCCUCCAAACGUGGAUGUUUCAUGUAUGGAAAUAGCCUUCCUGAUGAGAGCCAGCAGGUAGAAAACAUGCUGUACCCAAGACUGAUCGCUGUGAACUCUGCCCACUUUGAUUUCCUUGGCUGUAACUUCUCAGAAAAAAACAUGUACGCACGAGAUAAGAGAGAUGGGCAGUCUAAAGAAGGCAGUGGGCGGGUGGCCAUUCACAAGGCCAUAGGGCUGCUUCACAGUUACACUUUGGAGUGCAACUACAACACAGGAAAAACCAUGAACACUAUUCCCCCUGCCUGCCAUGACAACGGACGGGCAACCCCCCCUCCACCUCCAUCAUUCCCUCCAAAAUACACUCCAGAAAUAUUUGAACAGGUGGGGCGUGCCGUGGCUAUCUCAGCCCUGGAUAUGGCAGAGUGCAACCCCUGGCCACGACUGGUUCUGUCGGAGCACAGCUGCCUGACAAAUCUCCGAGCCUGGCUCCUCAAGCACGUCCGCAACACCAAAGGCCUGAACACACACAUCCACGCUAACCCUCCACCAAGAAUACACCACAAUGGCAGCAGGGCUUCACCGCCAAAGAAUUUCAACAAUUCUCUGUCUGGCUCUGCGUCGGAGAACACCCUCAGCCGCGUUCGCUGCAACAGCCACAGUAGCAGCAGCCAGACACCCUCCCCAAAGAUGCACAGCUCUCCGAGCUUUACUUUUGGUUGUCCCCCACCUCGAACUCACAUGCAGCAAAACAGUACGCAUACAAGCGGACGUGGAGGCAACAAGACACUCGGGCCAGUCAGGGACCCUAAGCCUCAAGAGAAGCGACGCCCCCCCCACCACCGCUCCAUCCUACGGUCUCCCAGCAACAGCCACACACCCUCACGCCCCCCACUCUCACCCCCUUCCUCCUCCUCCUCCUCGUCUUCCUCAGUGUGUGCAGCGGGCUCCUGUCCCCUCCCGGCCUCCGUCAGUAUGACAGGUCUGUACUCGCUCCAGCCCCCCAGCCUCUCCACCUUGCUCCCCUCCCUGCAGGCUCUGCCCCGCCCUGGGCUGCUCUCCAAACUGAGCCCCCUGCUCCUUCAGAGCCUCCCAUCGGCCACCAACACCCCAACUGGGCCCACCCAGGACUGAAUCUAACCUAACCUCUGAGAGCCUGAGCCUGUGUGGGUGUGUGUUUCUGUGUGCUUGUGUGUGUGUGUGUGUGGGUGUGCGUGGGUGGGUGGACUGAGUGUGUGUAAGCUCUUAAAAUUGCUGAGUAUCAGACGAGAGGUGCAUUAAGUUAUAUCAAGAGACUGUCUUUACAGAAACGUGCACCUGCCUGGCAUUCCAUGUAGGUUAAACCAAGUGCAAAAUACUAUCUGGUAUGUGUGUGUGUGUAUGUGAGUGAAACAUCAUAGGUGCUAGCUCUUCUAACUUUUCCUCAAAUAUUAUCGUUUUUCCUUCUGCACAUAUCUGCAUAAUUACAUGUAUCUACAGUAUUAACACCUUAGGAUUAAUAAUACACUUGAGAGUGCAAGUGUUCCUCAAAUGUCAAUAAGACAAUUUUGUUGAAAAAUGUUUUAACUUUCAUUACCAACCUUAAAUCAAGCAUUGUACGACACACAACCCUCUGACAUAGUUCUUGUGGAUACUCUUUACUAAACAGUGUAGACCCGUUAGUGUGUGAAUGUGUUUAGCAAAGACAGGCCGUUGCUUGGCUACAUAAUCUCCAUUGUGCCCUAGCACUUGCAGAGUAUACGGCAGAUAUUAGCAGUAUACAUUAGAGUAAUGGAUUACAUUACAUUGAGUGAGUCGCUUUUUCAGUCUGUAUACAACUAAUAAGCUAAGAAGAAUUACCAUGUUACUGUGCUGAUAUUUGGGAAAUAGCCACGGCUGUCAAUUUUUAGAUUAUCUUUGUUUUCACAGUUACUGUUACUCUUACUCAUAAUCAGCUACAAUAUUAACUACUUUUGCCAUGUUGCACUUUAAUUUUUGAAUUAUUUAUUGGUUUUAUUUAAUUUUUGAGAAAUGGAGUUUGCAGAAUUAGACUGAACAUAGUGUGGCUUCUGUUUCCGUUAAAUCUUUUAAAGCACCUUGUGAUCUUUUGUUUCUUUUUAUAGUGUAUUUGUUUUUCACUCUGUAAGGUUUAUAUGUAAAACAGUGCAAGUCACAGGCUGAUCACACCGUCCCAUUGUAGUCAUAUUUUGAGUUAGCUCUGAGUAGGAUUUAGCAUUCUGUAGUCUAUAUUUAAUUUCUUCCGACUGAAAAAUCACAUUUAAAAGGUCUGUUGUUCAAUUUUUGUAUAUAAUCCAGUGACUAAUUUCUGUGAUAUUUAUGAAACCUGUAUCAUUCCAGUGUCCAGUGUUGGUCCUGACAUUAUGAUAUUCACAGAGUAGCCUCCUGCCAAAAACCUCACGUGGACCAUCACUGGCUUAAAUCCUCAUAGAUGAUGGAACCUUGGAGUUGUGAAAAAAAAAUCGUUGUGUCAUGGAGCUGUUUGCCAACAAGCAAUAUCAUAUAAAACUAUUUGUUUGUUCCAACAGUGUGACUAAGUCCAAGAUGGCAAGUGUUAAUAAUUUUCUAAUAAGAUUCUAAUAUUGGUUUUGGUGUAAAUAAAGUGUAGAGUUUUUUAAUUUUAUUACAUUUCAUCAAGCCGGUGAAGAAAACAUUGACCAUUAUUUAUUCAAGCACAUUUGUGUGUAUCCUUGUGUAAAUUGAAUUUUACAGGUAUGUAGUAGGCUGUUGAUGGUUAAAGUUAAUAUAUUUUGUGGUUAGCAGAGGUGAAAAAUUAUCUUGUUGUCUUGGUCUAUAUGUAAGCCUCAUAGAUCAGUUGUGGAAUUAUAAUGAUUUGUCUGAAAUUCAGGUUUGUGUGCUGUCAUCCAAGUACUUGAUGAUGGUGUUUUAAGACCAGCCAUUUUAGAUGCACUGAAGAUGCAGAGGUGGAACAUCUGUGAUCUGGAGAGGGUUUUAUGAGCAGCCUUUAAACUAGACCAAUGAUUGACUGGAUCAAAAUAGCUUUCAGAAUAUCUAGCCUCGCUGUAACUAUUGUCUGUUUGAGUACUAUGCGACAUUAUAGUUAUGGUGUGCCUUGUUCUGUUGUAAACCGUAGCUCAAGGAGGCUCUGCUCACCCUUUUUACCAUAAAACCUGGAUUAUAUUGUGAUUAUAUUAUACCCUUGCAAGAUAAAAUGGAGAAAUGUAUUUAUAAUUUAGUGGAUUUUUGAGUAUACAGGGCUAAAACAAUGUACCAUUAAACAGAAAAACAUAUACCUACAGAUAAUGUUUGGACAUUAAGUUAAAGGGGCAUAUUUAGGAUUUUUGGUGAUCUUUUCAUAAAAUAAAAAGCUAGCUAAUUAGAGCAGAUAUUGAAAACUGAUGCCAGUGAUUCUUUUGCAGCACCAACCUCUAUUACAUAAUUGUCAAUUUUUUUUUUUUUCAAAAAGGGAGCAUAGACCUGUAAGAGAAGACUCAGAUGCUUGAGAACAAAACAACCUUCUGAAAAUUUGAUUGUCAUUUGUGCUAUGGAGACAUAAAAGUCUUACUAAGUACUCCUUUAAUAUCACUAUGAUGAUGAUUUUCAUGUAGCCUAUGCCCACUUCAUUCAGCACAGUGGGAAAGAUGUAUUAUGAGCUUUGAAUUUAGACCAGGGCCCUGAAAAAUGGAGAGUUUACUGUAGUUCUAUUCUGUUUUAACACUGUGAACUAUGAUAUAGUUAUAGAAUAUUUUCAUCCAGAAUAAAAAAAAAAAAGCUUGAGGUGGAAACUAUGCAUAGUCACAUUCUCAUUAGGUCUGUCAGCUUUAUACUCCUUAUGAUAAUGUUGCCGUUUCCUUCAACGUGGUGCUAACAUUCUAUACCAGACUAUGGUUACGUGUUCAUCUGUGUAACAUCUUUACGAAUAUCAACUUCUUGAAUGUGCUGCUGUCCUUCACCGCCUCUCUGGAAUAAAAACUAUCCUUUUGUGAAGCAACUUCUGUGUAUGAGUCCUCCACUCUAUAUUCACUCUGCUGUA